UUUAACAGGCGCCCAAUCCGCUCGCUAAAAUUCGGGUUUUUUGAGCGCCGGACAGCUCCAGCAGAAGCUGUAAAAUAAUGCGCGUGCAAAAAAGGGUUAGCCGCCCGUUGGAAAACACUAUCGCAUGAUGCAAAUUUGAGGCGCUGAAUUGCGCAUGCUUCACAACUUACAUUGCGUGUUUUUCUGGACGCGCGUUUUUGGGUAUCUGGUAAACCAAUGUUGGGUCCGACGCACUAAAAAUGCUAUAGUGACGUGCUAAAACUAUUUUAAGGCGCGAAACUUCUGUGCUACUGUCGGAGAUGCUCUAAGCGUACGGAGCUUUCCUUCCCACUAAUCAAACUUUGCCCACCGGAUUUUUAGGGUGGGCUCGUGCCCCUGGUAAUCACCAAUUAAAAUAUGCAAGUCUUUACGUAACCCUUCUCAACUCGUAGAAAACCGUAGGUAUAAUACAGCUCUUGCGUCGCUCUCUACAAACUCAAGAUUUAAAUCAGACUUCCCUCGCGGUGCUGUGACUGCGAGGCUCUGACCAGGCAUGUGGGAUUAAUUCUGGCACCUCCGCAGCACGGUCCCAAAAAACUGUAUACUCUACCUCGUAACAUGCCGAAUGGGAUCGGACCUUGGAAUCCAGAUCCACAAGACCACAACCAGCAUCUCGCUCACGGACGCACGGUGCACCGCAAGAAUUAACCCGUCGGCGGAAUGGGGUCGUUGACCAGCACUGGCUCCGCGCCACCCAGAGCGCGGCCGCGGCCGCACGUCGUGCUUCUGGCCAGCCCCGGCGCCGGCCACCUCAUUCCAAUGGCCGAGCUGGCGCGGCGGCUCGUCGAGCUCCACGGCUUCGCGGCCACGAUCGUCACCUUCACCAACCUCUCCGGCCCGGCAGGCCAGCUUCUCCCGCGCCUCCCCGCCUCCGUCGCCACCGCCGCGCUCCCCGCCGUCCGGAUGGACGACCUCCCCGCCGACGCCCACGACGGGUUCGUGCUCCUGGAGCUCGUCCGCCGCUCCGUCCCCAACAUCCGCGCCCUCCUCCGCUCCAUCAACGACGGCUCCAGUGCCGCCCCGCUCGCCGCGCUGGUGCCCGACUUCCUCUGCUCCGUGGCGCUGCCCGUCGCCGCCGAGCUCGGCGUCCCGGGGUACCUCUUCAUCCCUAGCAACCUGGCGUUGGUCGCCCUCACGCGCCACAUCCUGGAGCUCCACGAGGACGCCGCCCCGGGCGAAUACCGCGACUUCGCGGUGCCUCUCGAGCUUCUCGGCGGCGUCUCGCUGUGCCGCGAGGACCUCCCCGACGGGUGCGGCAGUUCCAGGCACCCGGGUUACGAGCAGGUUGUCGAGUUGGGCCGGAGGAUCCGCGCUGCCGAUGGCCUGUUGGUGAACACGUUCUACGAGAUGGAACUUGGCACCGCGGAAGCGUUCAAGCGGCUGGCGGCACCGGAGCAAGUUGCAGACGCGUUCUUCUUCCCGCCGGUGUUCCCGGUGGGGCCAUUCGUCCGGCGGCCAGAUCCCGACGAAGCCGACGCGGGAGCGUUGUCACCAUGCUUGGAGUGGCUCGACCGUCAGCCGGUCGGUUCUGUGGUGUACGUCGCCUUCGGGAGCGGCGGAGCACUUUCUGUGGAGCAGACGGCCGAGCUCGCGGCUGGUCUCGAGGCGAGCGGCCAAAGGUUUCUCUGGGUCGUGCGGAUGCCAAGAACCGACGGCGGCGACGACGAGGAAGAUCCAUUGGCGUGGCUCCCCGAGGGCUUCUUGGGGAGGACGCGGGGCAGGGGCCUGGCCGUCGCGGCGUGGGCGCCUCAGGUGCGCGUGCUGUCCCACCCCGCGACCGCCGUCUUCGUGUCGCACUGCGGGUGGAACUCGACUCUGGAGAGCGUGGGGUGCGGAGUGCCGAUGCUCGCGUGGCCGCUGUACGCGGAGCAGAGGAUGAACGCCGUUAUUUUGGAAGAGAAGCUUGGAGUGGCAUUGCGAGUGCCGCCGGAAGUCGGAUGCUUGGUGACCCGCCACGAGAUCGCCACCGCCGUGAAGGAGCUCGUGGAGGGGGGUCAGAAGCUGCGGCGCCGGGCCGAGGACCUGCAGAAAGCGGCAGCACAUGCGUGGUCACCGGAGGGGCCGUCGCGCCGUGCGCUAGAGGAGGUCGCCGUCAAGUGGAAGGCGGCGCUUGGCAGUGGCAGAGAAAGUAACACAUGUAGACGUAGUGCAUGAUCCUGAUCGUACUUUUAUUUUGAUGUUACUUUGUGUACCGGUCAUUUGGUUUGAGGCGACGCAUCUUCAGUGCUACCCUCAAACUGGACACCGUUUCCAUCUGUGGACACGUGAGAACUAGUCCAUGAACACUGAUGCGGAAACUGACUAUCCAA